AGGCGCGGCGCACGGCCCUGGAGCGCGCCAACGCUGUCCUCGCCGGAGCCCGCGGCGGCCCUGCGCGCGGCCCUGCGCGCGGCCCUCUCCCAGUACCGCGACCCCGCACCCCGCCGGCCGAGCAUGGGCGCACGCUUCUCGCCGGGGGCCCGGGCCCGGGCCGGGCUCCUGCCGCCGCUGCUGCUGCUGCUGCUGCUGCUCGGGCUGCUGGCCCCGGGCGCGCAGGGGGCGCGGGGCCGCGGCGGCACCGAGAAGAACAGCUACCGCCGCACGGUCAACACCUUCUCGCAGAGCGUCAGCAGCCUGUUCGGCGAGGACAACGUGCGCGCCGCUCAGAAGUUCUUGACCAGACUGACCGAGAGGUUCGUGUUGGGAGUGGAUAUGUUCGUGGAGACGCUGUGGAAAGUUUGGACAGAGCUCUUGGAUGUUCUUGGAGUUGACGUCUCCAACCUGUCCCAGUAUUUCAGCCCAGCCUCGUUGGCCAGCAGCCCGGCCCGCGCCCUCCUGCUGGUCGGCGUCGUCCUCCUGGCCUACUGGCUCUUGUCUCUGACUCUGGGCUUCACCUUCAGCGUCCUGCACGUGGUGUUUGGCCGCUUCUUCUGGAUUGUGCGGGUCAUCCUGUUUUCCAUGUCCUGCGUGUACAUCCUGCACAAGUACGAGGGCGAGCCGGAGAAUGCCGUGCUGCCCCUGUGCUUCGUGGUGGCCGUCUACUUAAUGACGGGGCCUAUGGGCUUCUACUGGCGCAGCACCCCCAGCAACCCCAGCGUGGAGGAGAAGCUGGAACAUCUGGAGAACCAGGUCAGACUGCUCAACAUCCGCCUCAACAGGGUGCUCGAGAGCCUCGACCGCUCCAAGGACAAGUGACUGGCGGCCAGCCGGCGGGCGCCACUUCCACCAGCAAGCUCGCUCGGAAAACAGAAAAGGAAGAGGAAACACAAAAACAAACCACCAAACCCCAAACGAUCUUAAUAAACAUGACUGAGCAAGAAGGUGGCGCUUUGUGAGGGUGUUUCCAGCCGCCCGUCAGCUCUUAGGACUAACGUUCCAAGAAACAUCAAAAAGAUCGUUCAUGUAGAACGACACACAGAGUGUCAUUAGUGGGAAAAAUAUUUUUUAAACAAAGGAUAUAACCGUAUUUAGCUGUACAGUGAGAGAAAAUUUAUCUGUGCGUAGAGCAUAAAGUUAAUUUUUUCAAGCAUUGAAAUACAUCUUUUGUAAGGUUUUUUAAUAAAGGCAGAUUGAGUCGAGUUUAUUAAAACUUUACAUGGAGGGGGAGAAUAUGCUAAUUUGACAUUUUAGAAAAGUUUAAAUGCAAGCGUUUGUUUUUGCAGCUUAGGAAUUGGUGGAUGACGUCCGUGUGCGUUAUUUUCAUGUUCCAAAACUGUGAGCUUUAUUUUAUGUUAUUUUUGGUUGAUGUUGACCUAAUGAAUGUUGUCACUUCUCAAUGUGGACAGUUGGGCUAGAGAUGAAACCCAGCCUCCUUUGUAUCCUGGUCACCCUGUCAAGCCCCCAUCAGCCACAUUUCUAAAUGGAGAAAUCAUUAUUUCUAGAAGACCUGAGAUUUUUUCCCUCCCUCUGUACUUUGAUGUAUUUCAACCUCAACAUUUUGAAAAGGAAAAUUCAAGAAAGGGCAAAGAACUGUCUAGCCGAGUAAGCACUGAAGAUGACUCCAGAAUCUAUUUCAUGUCCCAAUGUCGCUGUCUGCCAGGUAGGCUGAGAUACAAAAGCUGUACCUUUGGUUUUUGUCUUUGUUUCACUUUGUUUCUGGUGGACUCAGGACCCUUGAAGGAAAACGAGCAGUGGCUAGUAACAUUUUCAAGUCUGUUGCUACUUAUGAAGCGUUCUCAGCAACAAGCAGCAGCAAUACACAAGCCUUGGCAAAGA